UCCCCUCAAAGAUUGGCUGACGAUUUGUCAGCUAACAUCAGUAAUCAGUAUACUAUCCCACUAUAUAUAUCACAUGCAUAAUUGCCUCUUCUUCUCAACUUCAACUCAUGUCCUAAAACUAAAUUUCUUUUUUCUCCUGUGUUUUCGAGUAUUGGAUGGAUUAUUCGUACUCACUCAACCCCAAUUCUUGCGAGUCCACUUCAGUUCAAAACAACAGUAAUGUGAAUAGCAAGAUGAAAAGUGGUGGCUUAAAAAAGAGAGGAAAAGUUAUGAAGCUGUCGACUGAUCCACAAAGCAUCGCCGCUAGACAACGGCGGCGCAGAAUCAGUGACAGGUUCAAGAUUUUGCAGAGCCUGGUUCCUGGUGGAUCAAGAAUGGAUACAGUGUCUAUGUUGGAAGAGGCAAUUCAGUAUGUUAAGUUCCUCAAAACACAGAUAUUGCUUCAUCAGACGGCCAUGAUCAACUUUGCAAAUGAUGAUCCAACGCUGUAUCUUCAACCAAAUUCACUUCCAUUUCAUUAUCAGAGUGAUCAUAAUCUGUGUCCUGAAAAUAAUUACAUAGGGCAUCAAAUUGCGCAAUACCCAAAAGUUGGGUCAUCAAAUUCUUGUCUUCUUGGUGAUCAAGAAAUUAUGUCUUUUGAUGCGUACUGCUACUACUAGAUAGUUUGUGUUUCGAAUGUAAGACUACGAAUAUGGAAGAAUUGUAAUGGUUUUAAUUUUUUGCCUAUGAAAAAUUAUGUAGGGAACUGCUUUUGUUCGUGUAGAAAGUUUGGAAUGACUUGUACAUGUUACUAAUGAGA